AUGGCUCCAGAUCUAUCGCAAGAGGAUGGAGGGCGGGUUGAAUUUGAAAGCACCUUGGGCGAGUUCGGGCAACAGAGAGGGUGUGACAGGAAGAUGAGCAUUCACCUAGUCAGGAAAAAGGCUAAAACUCUAUUUAGGCUCAGUAUCGACUUUAAUACAAGGGUAGCCGGAAAAACCAUCGACCUAUACAAAUUGUACCAAAUUAUCACGGGCAAGGGUGGAUACGAUGCGGUCAGCGCGGAGAAGCUCGCAUGGAGGAAGCUUGCUCAUGACUUUGGCUUCGGUUCUGCAAAUGCUGCCGCCUACGCUUUUGCGCUGAAAACGACCUAUUACAAGAACCUUGCCGCGUACGAAAUUAAAUAUUUGCAUGGUCAAGAGCCGCCUCCAAAAGAAAUCCUUGAAAACACUACCGCCAAAGGAGGGGAUCUACUGCACCGCACGGUGGAGAGUUUCCAGCCACCUCAGAAAUCAGGCAUGAUGAACGGAGGGAGCGACUCGGAGAAUGAGGAACAGGAUACCCCAAGAGAAGAAAAGAUGGAUAUUGACGAUCCUGGAAGCGGGGGAGGGCGGUCAAGUAGAGGUCUCCGUCAACAGCCACCUCAGAGGGUGCUUUUCCAACCAGACGUUACUUCCUCGAGGCAGAACCGGUCAACCUCUGUCAACCAACAAUCUCCCCAACCAAGUAAUCUCUUUCCCGCCCAGAAUACAUAUCAAUACUCCGCGACCUCCAAUCCCGCUAGCUCAGCCUUCUCCAUUGCAAAUUACGAGCCGCGACCACAGAUGCCGUUGACUCUACGUCCCGUCAUGACUCCAGCCAACAACUACCCUUUAUUUCAAGCGCAGAUCAAAAGAAUCCGAGAUGCAAAAUUGGCGACCUUUGGGCUUAGCCAAACAACCCCGAUCAUGAAGCCAGGUGCAGGUUUUGAGGGUCCAAAUAUUUACGUGCGAAUACUAAACAGCCUACGCUGCCCGGUGCCAGAAGAGCAAGACUAUGCGCUACAUCAUAUGGUCAAGAUAUCGCACGAAAGAGGUGACAAGUACCGCUUUGAUUCAUUCCCUGGUCUUGCAGAGGGUCUUUUGGAACGGCUUCUCACGAUCAGUUCCCUGUUCUAUGACGUUGAAUGGCGAAUCUCAUACACGCAAGAUGAUGACGAUGUUGAGGUUCUGGAUGGUAUCGAUGGCACACCAGACAUACUCCAGAGAAUACAAAGGCUACGGCGUAUCGACGCACCUGAUGAAUUGCAGUCAGGCGAAGUGGCGCACAAGAUCAAUAAGCUUCUCGAAGCUGGUCUCACACUUCGUAACCUAGGCAUGCUCGAGGAUAACGCUCACUAUCUUUCUGAAAUGGUGCAGCUAAGAGACUUCCUCUCAAUUGCGCUCAACCUUCCACCCUCACCUUCAACUAUCGAGAUGAAAUACUACGUGUUGGAAGUUGCUGAGCAGGUCGUGCGAUAUUGGCGUAUGAGUGAAGAAGAUCCUUUAUAUCGAUCGCUCCUCUCUGUUGUCGAUGAAGGCUCGGACCGCGGUGCCAUUAUCUUAGCAUUGAGAGCUCUUUGCCGCAUUUCCAUGAACCUUGAAGACGCCAACAGGCUUUCUCGGGUACCUGUCCCUGUCAUCCAGAAGCUCCUUGAAUGGGUCGUUCUUGAGGAUGAGGAAUUCACCGGGGCGUGCUUAGAUUUCAUUUACCAGUUCACUGCCCAGCCAAAGAACGUGCUGUUCAUGUUCAAUAAUUGCAACGAUCUCCCCCUUACCACUCUCACAUCUCAGCUAGCGCGUCUUCUACAGAUUCGGGCUACUUCAACCGUUCAUAAGUCGAUAGUCAGCAAAGCUGUCGCCAUUGAACCGGCAGAAGAUAUUCCCACACCUCCUCGAGAACUCAUGGAUCAAUUUCUACGCCACGAGGAACCAGAACGAUCCAAGCUUUGGCUGAAAGCAGUAUUUGAGGAGGAUGCUCAAGCAAACAUUACCCAGAUCGCUUUGUGGCAGGCGUAUCAGACGCGCUUCCUUGAACACGCUACCCAGAACGCGCUGUUACAAGCAGCAGACUUUAUCAAGAACGUCAGCAACGUAUUUCAAUCUGCGAAUGCGCAAGUUCUCACUGGCCCAAUACAGAAAUUUAUUAUCAAAGGAAUCCGGCCACGACACGCGCCAAUUGACUCUAAAGGUCGAGUCUACUCUCGCUGCUUGUGGAGGAGCCCAGGCUCGAAGCCAUGCAGUGAGUUUCAGCUGAAGCCAAAGCAUAUGCUUGAGCAUAUUGCCCGAGUCCAUCUGGGUAUCAACAAAAAGGACGACGGUACCUGGACCUUUGCGGAGGAUAGUGAUACCCGUCACGACUGCGAUUGGGCCGACUGCCAUCACUUUGAGCGGCGAGGUAUCGCGCCUACAGCUUACCAGCUUGGUCAGCAUCUGAAGACUCAUCUACCUGACGUGACCACGAGAUCUGCGUACAGGCAGAAACACAAUCGGAUUCCUUCAGCACAAAUCAUCCCUGUCAAGAUGCUCGAGGGGGAUGUGCGGCCGAAUGUUGACCCAGCACACGGGAGAGAGGCAGCUUUCAAACAGCUAGCUUACCAGAACACAGCAAUCGAUGAAGUCGGAAAUGCUGCUGGCCUACCGCUUACCAGUAUUCUGAUUUUACGGAAUUUGGCGCGUAACAUACCCAAGGCGAUGCUACUCAUUGAAAAUGUCGAUCACGAUGCUCUCAGGCGACAGUCACUUGAAGGCAUGUUCGGCCCCAUCACCGAGAGAUUGAUGUAUGUUAUUUCGCAUAACCGACCUCUGUCAGGGUAUGCAUCGGACGUCAUGGCCUGGGUUGAGAGAGGCAUGGGGUCAUGA